UAAUUAGUUUAAUCUCAUUAUUACGUAAAGGGAAGGCUUUUAAAUGAUAUCAUAAAGCAUUUAACAGUAUUCAUCCAAGACUGUAAAAUUCCAAUUUAAUUGACUAUGCAUUUGUCCUAUAAAAGUAUAGAUACUUAUCUUAAUUUAACUCAGCAAUAUUUUAAAUGUUUAUUUUUGCUGUUUCAGGAUGUUUCGUUGUUGUAAUCUCAUUUUUAUUAGUUGUACUAGCUUAUUAUAUUCAAUGCAGGAGUAAAAUAUGUCACAAUUCUAAUUCAUUAAAUGAUAAGUAUGACUACAUAAUCGUUGGUGCAGGCACAGCUGGAUGUAUUUUAGCGGCCAAACUUAGUGAAAAUUCUAAUCGUACAGUUCUUUUGAUAGAAGCAGGAUCAGAAUUUAAUAGAAUUUCAAAGAUCCCGCCCCUUUCACCAUUGCUACAAGGUACUUCGUUUGAUUGGGGUUACCUAUCAACCCCUCAAAAAUGGUCUUCUAAGGGAAUGAUUGACAAGAAACAAAAGAUACCAAGAGGUAAAGGAUUUGGAGGCACAUCUCAAAUCAAUUUCAUGGUACACGGAUAUUUAGAAACAGAAGAUUUAGAAAAAUGGGAAAAAUUGGGCAUAAAAGAUAUCAAAAAGUACUUACCAAAAUUUUACAACAACCUUUAUAAUACCUCGCACAAUAUUAAACGAGCAAAUCAAAUUCUUACAGAGGAAAUGAAAUGGAGUUUAGGAAUAGUAUUAGAAAAAGCAGUUAAAGAAUGUGGAGCAUUAAGUUUAACAUUUUGUAAAAGUUUUAGCACCAUUUAUAAAGGGAACAGAUGGACUUCUUACGAUAGUCACCUGAAAGGUGCCCUUAAAAGACCAAAUUUACAUGUCAUAUGCAGUACAGAAGUGACUAAGGUAUUAAUUUCAAACAAAAGUGCAUUUGGAAUUGAAAGUGUUUCAGGGGGGUUAAUAAGAACUUACACAGCUAAAGAAAUUAUUUUAGCUGCUGGUUCAAUUAAUUCGCCUAAAUUGUUAAUGUUAUCGGGAGUUGGAGACAAGAAACUUUUACAAAAGUUAAAUAUAAAUGUUGUGGAAGAUUUAAAAGGGGUUGGGAAAAAUUUACACGAUCAUUUCAAUUUUCCACUUUAUGUAAGCAUAGAGAAACCGAUUUCGUUAAGUCUCAGCAAAAUUUUAAGUUUUAAGGAAAUUUUCAAUUAUCUAUUUUAUAAAAAGGGCGUUCUCGCAAAGUCACCAAUAGCUGGAGUAGCUUAUGCACCCUCUAAUUUUAGCAUAAUUUUAUCUGCUUUUGGAUCGACGAACGAACAUAUUUUCAAAUUAAUAGGAAAUUAUAAAUCUGAGAUUUUUCAGAAAAUGUUUCCCUUCAGUAAUGAUUUUUCUAAAGAGGGUUUUGUAUUCUUGACAACCUGUGCCCAACCGAAAAGUAGGGGCUACAUCAUACUGAAAUCGAAUAAUUAUAAGACCGCCCCAAUAAUUAAUCCGAAUUAUUUGGAACAUAAAUAUGACAUCGAGUGUACAAAAAAAGCUGUAAAAGUGUUGAAGAAACUAAUUGAUACGAAACCAUUUCAAAAAAUUGGGGCCAAAAUCCACUGGCCGUAUAUUGAAGAAUGCAGUCAGUGGAGGGAUGAACAAGGAAACAAUACAGAAAAUUUCUUGGAAUGUUUAAUACGAUUUUGUUCAAUGACUUGGUAUCAUCCUGCUGGAACGUGUGCAAUGGGGGGCCAAAACGAUUCAAAUGCUGUACUUGAUAGCUUUUUUAGGGUGAACAGUAUUAAGAAUCUGCGCAUAGUUGAUGGUAGUGUUUUGCCCACACCAGUUUCUACAUUUCCAAACUCAAUAAUUGCUGCCCUUGCAGAUUAUGCAUCCGAAAUUAUACAAUUAACGUAUCCAGAAAGCGAAUGAUUUCUUCAAUUAUUAUUGUCACAAAACGAUUUUUGUUUAAAUAUUUUACUAUUUAUGUAUCCAUACCAUUUUCCUUUUUAAUUGUAAUAUGAAGAAGUAACAGCUGAUAGGGUGAACAGGUUUCUAUAACAUUUGGUGUUGCAAUGAAUCAUAAAUCUUAUUCAUCUUAUCAGCUCUGAUUUCCACAUACAUAAAUUAUAAUGUCAACCGCUAAAUACUUUUUUUUAUCCGACAUGA